AUGUCCAAGCUGUCAUUCAAGGCGGAACACACCCUCGAGAAGCGCCAGGCCGAGGCCGCUCGCAUCCGCGACAAGUACCCUGACCGCAUCCCGGUCAUCGUGGAGAAGGCAGAGAAGUCGGAUAUCCCGGACAUUGAUAAGAAAAAAUUUCUGGUGCCUGCAGACCUGACAGUAGGCCAGUUUGUGUAUGUCAUCCGCAAGCGCAUCAAGCUGAGCCCGGAGAAGGCGAUUUUCGUUUUUGUAAAGAAUGUGCUGCCCCCAACCGCCGCGCUGAUGUCUUCGGUCUAUGAGGACCACAAGGACGAGGACGGCUUCCUCUACAUCACAUACAGCGGGGAGAACACGUUCGGCUGCAGCGGCGCCGCGCCAGGCCCAGCCCUGCAAUAA